GAGAGAGAGAGAGAGAGAGAGAGAGAGAAUCUUGACCUGAUUUCCUUCAGGAGCAACGGUCCCUUGCAAGAGAGAGGCUGCUAAGACACAAUGAAUACUAUGCUAGUUGUUCUCCUUGCUUUGGCUCUCUUUGUGACAUUUUGUGAUGCUCAGUGCACAUUUAUUCCAUUGGAGAUCGUUAAUGGGUAUCAACCAGGAGGUUGCAGCGAUGGGAAGGGUACAAUACAUAGUUUCGGCACUCAGUGGCAAUCUAAUUGUGUACAUUGUUCAUGUGAAGAAAGAGUUGGACUAUCCUGUUGCAACAUAGUGAUGAGGCCUAUGGGAUAUGAUAAAAAGCAAUGCACAGAAGUUUUCAAACAGGAGUCCUGUAUUUACAUUCCUGUAAAUAAAGCUAAUCCCUCGAGAUACUGUGAAGUCAAAAUGUAUGUAGGUUAACAACUCCACCUCCUCCUCCAGAUGUUGCUGCCAAAGUCAUUGCAUCCCACUGGAAUUUAUCAACGCUUGAAGCAAUUGCCCUUUCCUUGGAAUUCAGAAGAGGAGGGGUUGGAUACCAUGUAGGCAUUACCUUGGAUCUUCACUCUAUUCAAAGCAUUGUCAAGUCUUAGGCACAUUAAUUCAAACCACAAAGUGCCAUCUCUGUGGCUUCUGAGAUUCUCCAGGCACAAUGUCAUACCUUCUGUAACCUGCCAUCUGAUGAAUGCCCAAAGAAAAUAUA